GUCCGCGCCCGAAGAAGAGGAAGAAGAAAACAUUAGUCAGGUUCAAGCCGAUGCCCGAGAUCGACCUCGACACGGUGGUGGAGGAGAAGUCGGAGUUCGACGCCGAGGUCACGGCCUCCGACCUCCUGACGACGCCCGAGGAGUUCGUGGUGCCCGAGGACAACACGCCCGCGUCCUUCAGGGCUUACCGCUACAUGGGCGUGGUGCACGGCAGCGCCCCGACCGCGCCGCCCGCGCUGAGGGCGUCGCCCAUGAGGAGCCCCCGCGCCAGCGCCGCCCUCGACCACCUGGCGGAGGAGUCGGCGGACGGCGGCGGCGACAUGACCAUGGAGGUGCGGGAGGGAUGCAUCAUCAUGACGGACUGCUCGGAGGCGGCGGGCGCGGACGGGCGCUCGGAGGAGUCGCUGGCGGCCAAGGACGGCGGCGCGGGCGAGGGCGGCGCGGGCGAGGUGGUGGGCAGCAGCGGCAGCAGCGACAGCGACACGGCGGCCUGCUUCUCGCUCUCGCCCAAGCAGGUGACCAAGUCCCCGACGGCGGUGCACCUCGCCCUCAAGAAGCUCGACGGCGUGAUGAAGCGGCGCCACUCCAGCCCCGUCAAGGUCAACCUGGCCAAGAACAGGCUGCAGCAGCAGCAGCAACAGCAACAGCAGCAGCAGCAGCAGCAGAAGGGCGGGUCGGCCAAGGUGCGGCGCAGCCACACCAUGGAGACGGAGGGCAAGGCGCUCAAGAAGAUCAGCUGCGACUACAUCGACCGCGAGCUCAUGCCCGACCUGUCUCCGCGCGCCAGCACCGUCAAGUACCGGCGUCCGGCGUCGUUCUCGAGCAAGCGGCGCGGCGAGUCGCUCAAGGUCAAGACCAAGAGCCUCUCCAAGAGCAACCCGCACGUGCUGGCGCUGCCCGACGGCCAGCCGGGCUCCCACGAGGCCGAGUGGGUCUCGGCCACGCGCUCCGUGCAGAGCCGCCUCUCCCGCUGCGACGUGAGCGCGUCCAGCGACCACGACGACGACGACGACGACGACGCCGACGAGGAGGCGAGCACGCCCACGCUCGCGCAGAAGAAGAACGCCGUCAACGACGCCAACGACGCCGAGUGCCUGGUCACGCCGGCCUGGGGCUGCGCCGUCACGGUGCACAGCGACAGCGGCUGCGACGUGGAGAGCCCCAAGGCGUGGGCCGUCAACAGCCCGCGGAGGCCCUCCUGCCGCGGCGAGGGCGCCCCGCGGGAGGCGUGCCCGGCCGUGGCGCUCAGCUCGGAGGACGAGGUCGUCAAGUUCACGUCCCACACCAACUACGCCCUCAAGUACCGGCAGGAGGACGGGCAGGCGCCGGGGGCGUGCGGGCGCUGCGCGGACGCGGACGACGAGAGAAGCACACUCGUGUGAUGCGCCGCCGCGAAGCCCCGUCAGAUCUGCGACGGACGCUGAGGCGAGCGGGCGGCCCUCCGAGGCGCUGCCGUGUGAACGCUGCGUCGGGCCCAGGAGCGCCAGGGGCGCCGUCGCGGUGC